AUGUGUGAACCCUCCAUCUCGACCAGCUUCAAGGAUAGAAGAUGGCGAGAGCCUCUCUGGCCAUCUGACUUUCGCAAAUUUGCCAUUGAUGUGAAUGUCAUCGGGGAGGCCAAUGAUGUUACCUCCGUCAAGGAUGCGCUUCAGGGCCUUGUGACCGCGAUUAUACCAGUCGCCAAGGAGGACGACAAACUCAUCGGCCGACCAGCCGAAGGGGACAUGGAUGAGGUCCCGGCUAUGGACCUGAAGGAUGCCCAUACUGCCAGUUUCACGGUGGAGGGCGGUGGUUGGGUAAUAGAAGUAGUUGCCGUUAUGGUCCUUCACCUGGAACUUGUAGGUGUAGUUGGUUUCGGGAUAAUAGGGCACAUAGUGCCCAGGGUUCCAUCUUGUCACAUGUUCUUUAAAUGA